AUGCAAGAGGAGUAUAGCGCUCUGAUGCACAAUAGCACCUGGCAACUCGUUCCCCAACCCCCACCACACACUGCACCAGUGAUUGGCUCCAAGUGGGUGUUCUGGAUCAAGAAGCACCCAGAUGGCACCAUUCAGAAAUACAAGGCCCGGCUCGUUGCAAAGGGCUUCCACCAGCGAGAAGAGGUUAACUAUGACCAAGUGUUCAGCCCCGUCAUCCGUCCGCCCACAGUCUGGGUCAUGCUCAGCCUAGCACUCUCCAAGGGGUGGCCCAUUCGGCACUUCGACUUCAACAAUGCGUUCCUAAAUGGCGACUUACAGGAGACCCUGAAGGAAACCCUAAAUCGACUUGGCUUCACCAACACCAAAUCGGAUACCUCACUCCUCACCAGAUUCUCGCACUCCUCUGUCAUCUAUGUUUUGGUGUAUGUGGACGAUAUUCUGGUUACUGGGUCAUCCCAAGUUGAAAUCUAUGACCUAAUUGUGCAGCUGAAUGCGGUGUUUGCACUCAAGGAUUUAGGGAAAAUGAGCUACUUCUUGGGCAUUGAAGCUAUGAAAUUCAAUGACAGUGACAUACUUAUAUGCCAAACCAAGUACAUUAAGGACCUCCUUACCAAAGCGGGAAUGCGCGACGCCAAAGCCGUACCAACACCCAUGGUCUCCAAUCUCAAGCUAUCAGCUCAUGGUGAGGAUGUCCACCACAACCUAGCGCUGUACAGAUCCAUAGUUGAUGGCCUCCAAUAUGCCACAAUCACCAGACCCGAAAUCACCUUUGCCGUGAACAAAGUCUCUCAGUUUAUGCACACCCCUUUGAAAAGCCACUGGAAAGCAGUUAAGCGUAUCCUACGAUACCUGGCAGGAACAAUAGACUAUGGCCUAAUGCUUCAAAGAACUAAUGAAUGUCAAAUCUAUGGUUUCAGUGAUUCAGAUUGGGACAGUGACAUUGAUGACAGAAAAUCUACCAGUGGAUUCUGUGUCUUCCUAGGUCCAAACCUGGUCUCAUGGUCAAGCAGAAAGCAAAAAUGCAGUCUCAAGAAGCUCCACAGAGGCAGAGUAUCGAGGGCUAGCUGCAGGCUUGACUGA